GUCCCGCCCUCUCUAUCACUACACCACAGGGAAAAAUGGCGACGGGUCUACUGCGGCUGCCACUGCGGCUCUCCAAAAAUACGACGAUACUGAGCCGCAACACCGGCUUGAAAACAUCAAACAUAUCGAGGACGACUCAAACCCGAAACGCAGUAUCAACGCCGUCGGGGGCAAUCCUACCGAAACCGGAUAAAACGGCGUUCGGUCUCAUCCGUAUGACAGCAGUGGUGGUGCCUUUCCUGUAUGUGGGAACUCUGAUCAGCAAGAACUUUGCCGCUCUCCUGGAGGAGCAUGACAUCUUCGUCCCUGAAGAUGACGACGACGAUGACUAAGCUGACUGGAGAAUAUAAAUGGAUGCUUUGCAAUACUAACCUGAAGCAAACCAGCCGGCACAAGAAAGAUGGAGAAGAUGGGCCACUUUGACUUCCAAAUGCAUCCCUCUACCUCCACCCAUCUGUUUCCUCUCUCUUCUGCUAUUUAUCUUGUUUUCAAAAACCAUUUUUAAGAAAUCUCAUAUCAUGUGAGGCUAUCAAAACUACUAGUUAUGCCUUCACUCUUGUUUGCAUGUUUGUGUCUUGUCAACUCAAUAAAGUGAGUCAAUACACAUGGAAAAAA